AUGAGUAUCUACUAUCUAUGGCAACUAACCUACUGGAGUCGGCGCGGUAUACCAGGUCCACCAGGAAUAAUUUUUAUAGGAAAUAUGCAUUCUUUAACAGAUAGAUCAGAACCUGUAACUCCACCAAUUCCUCUCCCCCUCUCCCCUCCAUCACCAUCCGGCGUCAAGUACCUAUACCUGCAGCUGAAUGCUCAUAUGACAGCUAGCAACAAACCUCUGCAUGGCUUAAGAAGCUUUGUUCUUUCAAUUGUGAACGAAAAUAUUAGUGCGCACUCGUUGGUUGCUCAACUAUCAUUUUCUCAUAGUCCCUUUCAAAUGGCUUUCAUUCCGCUUUUAAAAAUACAGCUUAUUUUGAAAAUACAGUUUGACAAAGUUCAGCAAUACGGUAAGGUGUACGGUAUCCACGAAGGACUUCGAAGAACGCUGGUCACAAGCGACAUCAACAUGGUCCGAGAAUUAUUUAUGCAAAAGUUUGAAUACUUCCAUGGCCGCAAGGGCAGCACCCUUGUUGGAGACGUUGAAAACGACGCUCGGGUUCAUCUUUUUGAGUCUCAAGGUGUUAGAUGGAAGCGACUACGAGCCAUCUCUAGCCCUGCCUUUUCGGCAGGCUCAUUGAAGAAGGUUGGGUAA